AUGUGGGAUCAUACUAUUGCCAAGCAGGCCAAGAAGGAGGAGUCAGCCGAGAGGCCGAAACUUGCGAUUGAAUUGGAAGAUGUAGCUUUGGAGAUUUCUCACUUAGAGAAGACAUUGUUCUGCAACUUUCUGGAUGCUUUUCGUGGUUACAAUAAGAUUUUGAUGGAGAAAGAGGAUGUGGAAAAUACUACUUUUAUUAUCUUGGACGGGGUAUAUUUUUAUAAGGUGAUGGAGUUCGGUCUAAAGAACUUAGAGGCUACUUUUAUAAGGAUGGUGGCUAGAUUGUUUGGGAAAAUACUCGACAAGAAUAUGGAGGCAAACAUGGAUGAUCUUUUGGGGAAAAGCAAGGAGGAAUCUGAACACAUAGAGGACUUCAAGGUGAGUUUCAAGAUCAUGAAGAAGUUUAACCCAAAGAAGUAUGUCUUUGUGGUGAGAGGAGUGAAGUUUCUAGUGUACUUGGUUACAUAA